CUGCCCUCCAUCAUCUACCUACUACCUCGUUCCCACUUACCGAUGGCGCAGCCAAAAUGGCUGCUACCCCCAUUCCCCAUCUAUAAAUUAAGCAUAAAUUAACACUUCAAAAACUCAGAUGCAUCUCUCUCCUCUCAUAACAGCAAUGGCACUCUUCUUCAAAGCCAUCUCAAGAUCCACCUCCAAAUCCCUCCUCUCCAGCCUCCGAUGUCUGAGCAACGUCCCUGAAAACACCGUCUACGGCGGCCCAAAGCCCCAAAACCCUAACCAAAGAGUCACUCUCACUCACCUCAGGCAGAAACACCGCAAAGGCGAACUCAUCACCAUGGUCACCGCCUACGACUACCCUUCCGCGGUCCACCUCGACACCGCCGGAAUCGAUAUCUGCCUCGUCGGCGACUCCGCCUCCAUGGUUGUCCACGGCCACGACACCACCCUUCCGAUCUCUCUCGACGAAAUGCUCGUCCACUGUCGCGCCGUCUCUCGCGGCGCUAAAAGGCCGUUGCUUGUUGGGGACCUCCCUUUUGGUACUUACGAGUCGAGCACUCAUCAGGCAGUUGAUACCGCAGUUAGGGUUCUAAAGGAAGGGGGAAUGGAUGCGAUCAAAUUGGAAGGUGGGGCACCUUCAAGAAUCAAUGCAGCUAAAGCUAUUGUGGAGGCUGGAAUUGCAGUGAUAGGACAUGUGGGGCUUACUCCUCAAGCCAUCAGUGUUCUCGGAGGUUUUAGGCCUCAAGGAAAGAAUAUUGCUAGUGCUGUCAAGGUUGUCGAGACUGCCCUGGCUUUGCAGGAAGCCGGGUGCUUUUCUGUUGUUCUGGAAUGUGUGCCUGCACCUGUUGCUGCUGCUGCAACAUCUGCUCUUCGAAUCCCUACCAUUGGUAUUGGGGCAGGGCCUUUCUGUAGUGGCCAGGUGUUAGUUUACCAUGAUCUACUUGGAAUGAUGCAACACCCACAUCAUGCCAAGGUAACCCCCAAAUUCUGCAAGCAGUAUGGGCAAGUUGGAGAUGUCAUUAACAAGGCUCUUUCAGAGUACAAGGAAGAAGUAACAAAUGGUUCAUUCCCAGGCCCUGCCCACAGCCCGUAUAAAAUUAAUGCCGCCGAUGUUGUUGGUUUUUUAAAUGAGCUACAAAAGUUGGGUUUGGACAAGGCCGCAUCAGCAGCUGCUACAGCGGCUGACAAGAUUGAGAAUGCUGAAUCACCUGAUGUAGGGAGCCCAACAAGCAAUUGAUUUAUAGGACCAGAUCACCAAGUGUAGCAGUUGACAUCCUCCAAAUUUUCAUUUCGUGAUCAGGAAAAAAGAGCCAAAUAACAGUAUUGUAGUGCCAGUUUUGUAGCCAAAGCUAACACCAUAUUGAGGUCUUCCAUCUCUGUUCAGCAACAAAGGUCUUAAGUUCCAAAGGGUGUCUUGCGACCUUUGGAAGAACAAAAAUGUUGCUGCUGAUGUUGAUGUUUUCUAUUAUUAUUAUUAUUAUUAUUUUCACAUUUA